AUGUCUGUUUUUUUCCAGAAAGUGCUACAGGAGAAUUUGGACAAGAAGCUCUUUGGGCAGCAUUUGGCCAGGAAGGUGAUAGUGAAGGCCGUGACAGGGUUCCUGAACAACUCCAACCCCAAGAAGCCCUUGACGCUUUCCUUGCACGGCUGGACCGGGACCGGGAAGAACUUUGCCAGCAAAAUCCUGGCUGAGAGCCUCUACAAAGAGGGCCUCAACAGCAAAUAUGUCCACCAGUUCAUCUCCACCUUGCAUUUCCCUCACCUGCAGAACCUCACCCAGUACAAGGACCAGUUGCAGAUGUGGAUCCGGGGCAACGUGAGCGCCUGCGCGAGGUCCGUCUUCAUCUUCGACGAAAUGGACAAGAUGCACGCCGGGCUCAUUGACGCCAUCAAGCCCUUCCUCGACUAUUACGACGAGUUGGACGGCGUCUCCUACCGGAAGGCCAUCUUCCUCUUCCUCAGCAAUGCCGGAGCCGAGAAGAUCACCGAAGUGGCGCUCGACUUUUGGCGGAAAGGGAAGAAAAGGACCGACCUGGAGCUCCGAGAUGUGGAGACCACCGUCUCCGUCUCCGUCUUCAACAACAAAAAUAGUGAGUUGUGCAAGUUUAUAAUAUAACUAGGCACCCCCUGCCAAGCGUUGCUG